CGCGGCUUCGCUGGUAAAACGUCAAAAUCGCUCUUUUCCAGCUAGUUGCUUUCAUUUUUCGCGACGUGUUGCGGUUCACGGUGUCUGCGAAUUUCCCCAAAAAUCAGCUGCAAAAUGCAAGGACCAGCGGUAUUUAUCGACGCCGAGAUCGACGAUCAGGCACAAGAGCUGCGGAAGUUCUUCAAAUCUCUGGGUGCUGAAAUUAGUGAGGAGAAGUCCUCCAAGGGAAUCGAAGAUGACCUGCACAAGAUCAUCGGAGUGUGUGACGUGUGCUUCAAGGAUGGCACACAGCAUACGCUCGAGGAAAUCGAUGCCGUUCUCAACAGUGUCGUUUCGAUUAUCGUGUCAAUUCCGCUGGAGCGGGGCGAGAAUCUGAUCCUUGCUUUCUGCGAGAAGAUGACCAGAGCUCCGGAUAGCAAUCUGGCUAGAGUUUGUCUGCAGUCCUUGUGGCGGCUGUUCAGCAACCUGGAACCGACUUCCCCACUGCGGUACCACGUCUACUACCAUCUGGUUCAGGUGGCCAAGCGUGCCGACCAGGUCAAAGAGGUCUUCUCCGGCGUUGAUCAGCUGAAGUCCCAAUUCAGCCAGUGCCCUCCGUCGAACGAACAGAUGCAGAAGUUGUACCGGCUGUUGCAUGACGUCCUGAAGGACACCAACAGCGAGUUGGCUUCGAAGGUGAUGAUCGAACUGUUGGGAACCUACACGGCCGAAAAUGCUUCCUAUGCCCGCGAAGAUGCCAUGAAGUGCAUCGUGACGGCGCUGGCCGAUCCCAACACCUUCCUGUUGGAUCCGCUUCUGUCGUUGAAACCGGUGCGGUUCCUGGAAGGGGAACUGAUCCACGACUUGCUCUCGGUAUUCGUGUCGGAAAAGCUGCCCAGCUAUCUGCAGUUCUACAAGAACCACAAGGAGUUUGUCAACUCUCAGGGACUCAACCACGAGCAGAACAUCAAGAAGAUGCGUCUCCUGUCGUUCAUGCAGCUGGCCGAGAGCAACCCCGAGAUGACCUUCCAGCAGUUGCAGGACGAGCUGCAGAUCGGUGAGAACGAGGUGGAGCCCUUCAUUAUCGAGGUGCUGAAAACGAAGCUGGUGCGCGCCCGGAUGGACCAGAAGGCUCGCAAAGUGCACAUCUCCAGCACCAUGCACCGGACGUUCGGUCGGCCGCAGUGGCAACAGUUGCGUGAUUUGCUGCACGCGUGGAAAGCUAACCUGACGCUGGUUCAGGAAAACAUGAAAUCCGUCUCCGAAGCGCAAAUUGAACUGGCGCACAAGCAGUAAAGGGAGUGAUUGGAUAGCGAUUGUUCAUAAAACAGCAGCAUAUUAACAAGUGAAAUAGACUUUAUACAUUUAAACUGAACUAAUUGGAGGAGAACAACAGUGAACUAAUUGUUGUGAGAAUCAAGUGACUACUCCCGCCCAGCCUAUCUCUGCCAUUUGCCAUCAGAUUGUCCCGGUGGCGAAGACGAGUUGAAAGUGUAAUUUUUCCCUAGUUUUUGAGCGGGCGGGAGCUUCGGGAGUGCGCGAGUGUUAAAACAAAAACCCAAACUAAAGGGAGGACUACUAGCAAAAAAGGGGGCAGGACACCGACGUAUCUAGCGAGGCCUUCGGGUCUUGGUCUAGAUCGAGAGUGAUCCUGUGACGACCGGGGGUGUGUGUGGGGGAAGGGCGUUUCGUUCAAUACAUUAAUCAGCAUCGUAUAGCGUAGCAGACGAGGGAAGUUAGCGAUAAGCUUGUAUCGAUUACAAUUUUCAUAAGUAAUAUAUACAAUUUUAAAGUAUGAACGAAACCAACAGAAUA